AUCUGGACGAGGAUGAUGACUGUGAUGAUGUUUCACUGGAUGUUAAACCGUCUUUGGAAGAAUUAGAAAGGGAUUUCCAGCCCCCAAUGCAACACAUCCAAACUCGUCUCUUGUCAGGACCUCUUGACAUGGAUGAUUUGCCUAGGCCAAUAAUAGAAACCAAAAAAGAAGGAGAUACUGAAGUGGGUGCGGAAGUACAUAGAAAUAGUAACAGUCAACAACAACCAUCUGCUACACUGCCUCUGGCGGAGCUGAGCGACAGUGAAGAUACAUCAAGAAAUAGUGAAGCUACUGUUUCAGAUUUAAAUAACACCGUAACAGUAAAGGCAGAAGUUAAAACUGAAAUAUGUGGAAAUGAUAUAGCGGCAAGAUCUACUUAUCGUCAACUCAUGUUGACACGAAGGCGGAAAAACAUAACAGUGGAAGUAAAACAAGAACAGAGUGAUUCAGUGGAAAGUGAAACUGGAAAGAAUGAAUCUGUGAAGGAGUAUCAACAAGAAAAUGGAAGGUUGAGUCAAGUACAGUCACAAAAUGAAAGCAGUGAAAGUAAGAUAAGGUUUCCCGACAAGAAUGAUCGCCAGGCACUUUUAGAAACACCUAGUGCUACUACUGAUGAUAAAACGUCCUUCAGAAAGUGAAAGUAGUCGGGAAGUUUGUGGAGAGAUACAAAGGGAUAUCGAAGAACAAAUACCAGAUCUCACUUCUAAGAGAUAUACUUCAACGUUGAGGCAAAUCGACAAAAAUAUUAAUAUUGCUCCAGAGGUGGAGCAAGGAAAUGAAAAUGAUGAUGUUGGUGAUAUGCUUGGAAGCUCCUAUACAGUGGAUAGGAAUAUAUCUACGGAAAUGCGCAUGCAAACUGUCAUCAUUGACCAG